UCAUGCAUACAUCUCAAUAAAAUGUAAAAAAAUUACUUAAAUAUAAAAAUCUUYUUAAAUUCAAAAAUUGAUAAUAAAUUAUGCAUCUUAUUUUUUCUUUCAAGAUUAUAUAAUGGAAUAUGAGUUUGACUCUGAACAUUAACAAAGGGUGGAGGAUGAACUAACUCAUCUAAUUCACCUAAAAAUGUAUAUUUUUUUAGAAAACUGGAGUUAAUUAGUAAAAAACCAAAACAUCUUGAAUUCACUGAACUGAGCAAAAUAGUAGAACUUACAACUGUUUGUCAGUUGUUGAUGUUUCAUGUAAUUCCCCAGAUAUAAAUGUACACUUACUGAUACAAAAUAUCAAAUCUUUCAAAGAUCAAUAUUGCWAAAAGUUCAGGUUUCCUUAAUUAUGCAUAAAGAAAUGGCAAUAGAGUAACCAAAUGUAAAAUUAUAAAGAACAUUGUUCUUCUUUUAACUUAGACAGUUUUGAACAUYACAAGUACUGAUUUCUGCAAUGUCUCUUUAUAGCAUGAAUGAUGUGGUUACUCUAUUUCGUUGUCACUGAGAAGGAUUGAAAAACUAUAAUUAGAGAAAAUUCUUGACUUACAUUUCAAUAUGCUGCAAAUCAUAAAAAKGUUGCGACAAAGUCAAUGGCAGCUGAACAUCAAUAGAUGGUAGCAUUAUGCUCUGAAAAAAAAUCAUCAAGUUUCUUUGAGAAGAAUAGUCUAAAUUAAAAACAAAAUAGACACACAGCAAUACAAUCACUGSCUCCGCCAGUCGUCCAUCUCUGGAAAGUUCACAUAUCACUUCUUGUUCGGUGACCACACUAAUGACAUCCAAUGAAAAAAUGUCAUCACCUGCCAUUAAAAUGGCAGGUGUUAUUGUCUCCUUGAUGGCGUCAGUCAUACUUUUACCUGUCUGGAAAAAAUAAGUAAAAAUAUAUUUAUUUAAUGUUUAGGUAUUAUAUAUAGACAGUUUGACUUUUGAUUGUUCUUCAGAACAUAUGUGCAUGUGCUUUUUUUGUUGCAUGCUAAAUUUUUUAAUCAAAUUUUAACACAUAUGUGAAUCUUACAAACACAGACAUUGGAAUUUAUCUUGUAAAUAAUGGACAAACAUUUUAUCAUUUUACCUUAACAAGUUUUAAAAUUGCUUCAUGGGAGCUCCCUUUCCUCCCUCCUCCUUUCUUUAGAAGCUGAUUAGCCAGAAUGAACAGGGAAACUCUUUCAUGACAUUCUAAAAAGAAAAAGGAAAAACUUACAAUUAAUUACUAUUAAUAAUAAUAGACAUUUAUCAAGCACAUAAAUAUCCUUAAAUUAAUACAGAAUGUUUUUUAUAACCUGUUUGGCCUUUCAGAGCUACCCAAGGAUGAGUAAACAUUUGAUAAAUAUAGUUUUACCUUUUUCAGUCAAAUUUCCCAAAGAUAUUGCUGUCUCCAUUUCAUUUAAAAGGUUUUUGUUAUGUCCCAUUUCACAACAGUAUUUAUAAAUCCUGGGUAUCCAAUUGUCUGUCAAACUUGCUUUCAUAUAMCGGGUCACACAAUCAUCAGCUAUUAUCCUGCACAUCUCAAGCUUUAUCUAAAAUGAUGAUCUCAAUAUUCAACUGAAUAUAGUUGUUCAGUAGUUCAUAGUAAUGUUGGUCAUAUGACUCAAACGAGCUGGAAAUCGCACCAUGUACAUGCCCCUACGACUUGACUACAACAGUCGUACGCAACCUACGAUUUGUAGUAGCAAAAUCGUAUACUACAAGUUGCAUGCGACAAUCAUACCGUGUAAAUUAGCCUCUAUACAAAUACAAAACUUGAAGCACUUACAUGUGCUGAUGAUUUUAAUGGUGGAUAGUCUUUCAUGAUUGUCUUUACAGGUGUCUGUUCCAUUAUUAGCUUUCUUCUUAGAGGAUAUGMUGUCUCCAUUAGUUUUUGUGCUUCACUAUGGUCAGGACGACUGCUCCUAAAUAGCCUUUUUAACUMUUUGGCUUUUUCAAACAAACUGUCUUCUGUUUCAUCUUCUGGAAUCUCAGGAAUCGAAUUCCAUAUUUGAUCCCUUUUUUGCUGUUUUUUUGGAGGAGCACUACCACUUGAACCUCCAGAGGUACCCAUCGUUUUUGAGAGUCCUCUUCUUGCUGGGGAUCGUUGUAACCUCUUCAUCCUAUGCUUUAUUUUUUGCUCCCAAGAGCCCUGAAAAUARAUAAUGAUAAAGAAUAUUCAACAGAUCAAUAUUCAAAUGUCAUACCAUAAUUAAAAAAGGAUAGAGAAUCCCAACAAUGUACCAAAGAUAUUAUUUUAUUUCAAUGCAUUUAUAAUUAGCCUUUUCGAAUAGUCAUCAAUUCUGAUAUUUAACUCCUAUUUAACCCACUACCUAGUAUAUUUUUUAAUCUCUGCUACUAUCUAAAAAUAAAUCAAUACACUUUGUUUACCCAUUCAGUGGAGGAAGYAAGCYUUUUUUGGUCCUUUAGGAAUGGGUAGGCCAACACAAUCUUUUUGGKAAUUACAACUCUUUCAGCUUCUGUAGGAUAUGUUGUUUCCAGAGAAAUCAGCGUACAUAUGUCCUUCACAAAUUCGUUUCUUUGGCAGUUGUUGAAACGUUUGUUUUUUAUGCCAGUCUCAACAUUUACAGAGAACUAGAAGAAACAAGAUUAUAAUGGAUCAACUUUCUGUACCAUAUAGAAUGAAAGUAUCAARAUGAUAACUAUAAAAUAAUGUUUUAUCAAACUGCUAACCUUUGAUGGAAUCUUGAAYUUGUCUGCCCAAGCCGGAUGGACAUUUUUCUCUGCAGCUCUUCCUCUCUUCAGUUUUCUUCCACUAGAACUGGGACUCUAUAUUUACAACAAAGUAUAAACAUUUUCUUACUAUCUUUAUUAUACAUGAUAUACUAGUUCUCUUUCCACAUGCAGUUUAACACAUGGUGUUUCAAGUAACAAGCGUUUCAGUGUUUGAGAAGAAGUUUUCCUAAAUUUAACUAAAAAUCUACCUACAAUAAACUAUUGAUCUUAAAAUUAAAGCUUACAUCAUCUUCGUCAGGAUUUAGAGCACCAGCUGGAGUUUCUGGUGUCUCUGGCACCAGUUCAAUAGUUGGCAGUGGAGGAUCAGCAGCACUCUCUACAAGUAUAGUUGUAGGAUUUUCUUGCCUUUGGUGAUCUUCGGCUUUCUUUGGGUUCCCAUUACUAUCGAAUACCUURAAUGAUAAAAGAAAUAAUUGAUUACACAAUCCCUUUGUAAAAUAGCUAUGAAAUAUCUUAGCGUCUUGUUAUAGAAUGUGGAUUGUAACUAUAAAAGCAGGGGGAGGAGUGUACCAUGUCAACAACUUCAACAAGAACUUGUAGAUGGUCCAAGCACAUGGUCGACUCAAUCGCAACAAAUCUUUGCCAUCCACGAUUCAAAAAAAUCAAUCAAGUGCGGAGAGAGUAGCCUACAGAUCGAUAAGACUGAAGCUGCGUUCAUUGAGCUUAAUGCGACGGGAUGAAACUCAAAAUCUACCUAUAAAGUAUUAUUAAACCUACCAAUCCGGUCUGUUCAGUCCACGAAGAAUGAAAUCUCUUCUGGUUUUUAAUUCCUUUCACAAGAUCCUUCACCAUCCACCACUCUAAUUGGAAGAACUCUUCUCCGUCGAUUUGUUCAUCUACAGAUAGCAAAUCAGGACAAUCAAUAAAUGUUCAAACAUGCAUGUGUGCCACGCUUUACUAGUAAGUUUUUUUUUCGUCCAUUAAGACUUAUUAAUUGAGGUUAAGUUUAUAACUUACUAAGACAGCUMACAUGGAUUUUCUUACCUUCGAACUUUGAAGCAGUCGUAUCAUCAAAAUUUCUUUCUUUUAGCCACUCUACAACAUCACUAACCAACGAAUUCUUCGAGAUCGAAGACAUUUUUCUUUCAUUUGUAAUAACACGUAGACAAGUAACCGACAAAAAUCGAAAAGAGCGGCAAUGCGCAGCGCGUGCUCUUAAUAUACUUGAAGGGAGUUAUGGGUAAUUUUACCAUAUAAGGGCAACAAGAAGGACGACAGAUUGGGGCAUCGAAUUUCACGCGGGAAUCACAGUAAAUUUAAAGAACACAAACACAGAGAGAAAUAUAUUCAUAAUGAUUGUUGUUUAUCGGUAAAGGGCGAUUUAAAAUGCCAUACCGUUGUCAGCUGUGUACUGGUCAUAAUGAUGUUCCGUUUCAAGCAAAUUCUCGGGCGUUAAUUUUAAAUCAUUACAGUCGAGUGCACRGCCACGAUCCGAACUUUCACGUCACAUGUGGAAUUCAAGAUUGUAGUACGACAUUUAAAUCAUUCGAAGGAUUGAAGAGUCAUAUUCGUCGUCAUCACAAGGACUAUGAUUUACACUGUUUAGCCGAGGAUGUGAUGAYCGUAGCUCAAAAUGAAAAUCACUUAGCGGCCUUGGCAAGUGACAGCGACAACSAUGAUAGCAGCAACGAUCAAAUGUAUGUUGAUAAUCAAAGUAAUGCCAAUUCGGAUUCAGAGACUGACGAACUUGAAGAACUCACAAAGCAAAAUGCUUUAUUUCUUUUGAAAAUGAAGGAAACUCACAAUUUAACUCAGAAAGCGAUAGAUUCUGUAGUCACUGACACAGAUCAUAUUGUAAAGUGCRCAUUAGAAAACUUCAGRAAAGCAAUCYAAAACAAGUUGAGCAGCYCUGGUAUUAAUUGCGACGACGUACCAGGAUUGCAAGAACUGUUAUCAGAUGAUUCUCAUGUGGCAAAUAGACCCUUCUCUCUACUUCAAGGAAAAUAUCAACAAAUGAGUUAUUAUAGAGAACAUUUCAACCUUGUGGAACCACAGUGUUAUUCCUUGGGCCAGAACUAUGUUCAACAAAGGACAGGAGUCCGUCUGAAGAGAAAGGCCAAUCAUGAUGAAAUGGUUAUUGUACCACUACUUGAAAAUAUUGAACAGAUGUUAAAUGAUCCCACUAUUCUAUAUGAGGUUGAGAAUCCCCAUAAUAACACAACUGGUGAUGGUAGAAUAUAUGACUACUGUGACAGUGUAGCCUUCAAAAAUCAUCCACUAUUUGGAAAUGAUCACUCAGCUUUACAAAUACUGAUGUAUUAUGAUGAUGUUGAAGUGGUAAAUCCACUUGGAAGUAAAACCAAAAAGCACAAGCAAGGUAUAUUUUAUUACACACUUGGAAACAUCAGACCAAUUCACCGUUCCCAGCUGAAAGCAAUACAGCUUGCAGUCUUAGUUAAAAGAAUAUUCAUUACUAAAUAUGGUAUGAAUGCUAUCAUGGAGCCAAUAAUGGAAGAGAUUGCAGAGCUUGAGAAGGAUGGUGGCUAUGAGUUCAAAAUAAAUGGGGCAGUUAGGUCAUUUACUGGCACAAUAGCUUUUGUAUCAGGUGAUAACCUUGCUUCGCAGGAGAUUGGAGGAUUUACAGUUGGACCAGGGUCCAAUAAAUUGUGCAGAGAAUGUGAAGGUGAAAAAAUUGAAACCAAAACUAUGUAYGGGUUUAAAACCAGGAGGUACAGCAAAUAUGUGUUGAGUAUAUCAGUUACUCAUGUACAUUUAUAUAUAGUAAUUCUCUUAAAUAUUUCAUGUUCACAUAUCAUGUUCAAAUAUUUCAUGUUCACCCUCAGAACAAAGGAUAGGUAUGAUAAUCAGUGUGUUGAGGUCGAAGCAGAUCCAACUUUGUCAUCCACAUAUGGUGUCAAAUUUUCAUCUGGCCUAUGUCAAUCAAGAUAUUUCCAUGUUAUUGGAGGAUUGCCAGGCGAUGCCAUGCACGACGUAUUASAGGGUUGCUUGCAAUAUGAAUGCAAGGAACUGCUAAAAUAUUUGAUUCUGGAAGUGAAGUACCUAAAAUUGYAUGACCUCAAUUCAAGAUUAAAGGAUUUUGAUUUUGGGUACUACAAUGACAAGAAUAAGCCUUCCCAAAUAUCAGACAAAACUUUGACCUCUGAUAGUAACACCCUCCAUCAGAAAGCCUCUCAGAUGUGGUGUUUAGCAAGAACUUUGCCUAUGAUUAUUGGUGAUAAAGUCCCUCCUACAGAUGACAAGUGGAACCUCUUCCUGAAUAUYCUUGACAUAACUGAUGCCAUAUUURCUCCUGUUACAAGUCCAAACCAGGCUGCACAUGUUGCAAUACUUAUUGAAGACCACCAUGAGCAAUUCAGAUUGUUGUAUCCUAACUGCUCAAUAAUCCCCAAAAUGCACUAUCUUAUUCACUACCCCAGGGCAAUGAUAAGGUUAGGUCCAAUGGUGACGCAUUGGUGCAUGCGAUUCGAGGCAAAACACCGUCAUUUUAAACAGCUUGCAACAGUUCUUGGCAAUUUUACAAACUUAUKCUGGACUUUGGCAGAGAGACAUCAGCUAGGAAAAUGCUAUGAAAGGCACAAUAUCCAUAAGUGUACAGYAUGUGGACCAGGAAAACAAAAAGAAGCAGGAACAACAGAGUAUUUUCAAGAACUAAGUAUAAAAGAUCCAAACAUCAAUGCCAAUGCAGAUUUGAAUGAGCAUUCUUGGGUGACUGUAUCUGGCACAAAGUACAAAAUUGGAGCAGUUAUUCAUUCAGGAUUUUACCAGCUUCUCCCAAGCUUUUCAAUUAUCAAGAAAAUUAUUGUUGUUGAUGGAAAUUUAGAUAGAUUAUAUUUUUGUUUAGCCAGUUUAGAUACAAUUGAGUAUAGGGAACAUUACCAUGCAUUUAGAAUACGCCAACCCCUUGUAGAUCAUAUCACUGUGUGCAAGCAAUAUGAGUUUGCAUCAUUCUUGCCAUUGCAUAUCACCAAACCAUUCGGUAUUGCUGAUUCAUAUGUAAUUCCAAAAUAUGAUAUUGAUUUAUAUAAUUUGAAUUAAUGAAAUUUGGAUUGAGUUGCAUAAAUUAUAAUAAAUGGUUAUAAUCAUUUAUAUAGCUCCAGAACUACAAAAAAAAACAAAAAACAAUAUUUAUUUUCAAAUAUCAACAAGCAGCCAAUGGCGGCAUAACUCGGAGA